GAUACUUGGACAAUACAGAUGUCUGGUAUAUUGUAUAUGGUCAACCACCACUCCAAGUUCAUGCUAAGACAAUUCUUUUGUUAUGGUCAUGGAAUGAGGUCAACAAAUGCAGGAUCAGUAUGUUCAAUCAUCUCGAAGAAGCAAAGGUUGAGGAUUUGUACUCACACUGGGGAGGGAUUCCUCGAUUUGUCCUAGAAAAGGUUCUAGAUUCCUCUCAGCAAAAUCAUCUUGAAGAUGCGAUUAGCAAGAGUAAUGGGAGAUUAUUUGAAUUUGUUGGAGAAAUUGAUCACACUGAUGAUGUGGCUGAAAAAGUGAUGGACAAACUUGAAAGGAAUUACAGUCAACAGUUAAGGAAUUUUGUGAUAGCAAGCUCAUCAGAAAAUGAAUAUAGUACACUUCGAGGUGUAAUAUUUGAACAGAUGGCACAUCAAAUUUUACAAAAGGGAGGGACAUUUAAUAUUCAUCCUUUAGAAUCUGACAUCACAAGUUCUACAAUUGAAAUACCAGAACGUAUCAAGUUGGUAUUUAAUGACAUUAAUAAGAUUGAGGAGGGCAAGUACUGUCAACCAAUUCAAAAGAAUUUUACAUCCGUUGAUGCAGCUGUUGCACCUGACACACUCUUUCAGAUGACCAUGUUAAGCAAUAUGCAUUGGAAAUUGACUUGA